AUGGAUUUUAGCUCUUUUGACCUUCAAGAUGAUGGAGAUCUAUUUAAGCAAAACUUUCAGCUAAACGCCGAUAACAGCAAUAACAGCAAUAACAGCAAUAACAGCAAUAACAGCAAUAACAGCAAUCAGAUUCAAGACAAUACUGAUUUCCUUCAUUUUAUUUGUGAAAAUAGCGCUCAAAUCCAUGGCAAUUUCCAGACGCAUCAACAUCAGCAUCAGCAGCAUUCUCAUGGCUCUUACUCAGUGCCUCAGCUCAGUCCCGAUGGACAAGAAGGUAGCUUUACUAAUAGUAGUGUCUUAUCAGGACACAACCCAGAGUUCAACAUGUCCCCUCUGCAAAUCGCAUCGCACAGUACUCCACAGAACAACAGCAAUAAUAACAGCACUAAUACGAUGAUUCAAUCCUAUCACACACCAAUGCAACAUCCAGUGCAGCAACAGAAUAUGCCAUUAGAAGACUUUCAGGAUGAAGAGGAAUUCUUCACUCCACUAGUAUCACCAGCCAUGGCACCCACUUACAAUGAUCAUACUUAUCAAUCACUCAACGGCAUCAAAAAUCAUGAAAACAUCUUUUCACCGCUUUCAUCCCCUGCCUUGAACCCUUCGCCCUCGAUUGGAGAUCAAUCCACACUGCAACAGAAACUAGCCUUCAUCGAAAGACAGCAGCAACAACUUCGGAAUAUGCACAAUCAAUUAAGACCUGCUGUAUCAAAAGCAUCGCCCAUCCUAAAGAGUACAAACGGCUAUACAAGCCCUCUGGUUAACUUUUCAUACGAUUCAAAUAGCAACAGCAGUACGAAAAUGAAUACCAAAAAAGCCCUGCAGCAAAAAAUUGCCAUGUCUAGUCCUCAAUUCAAUGGUAGUCCAAGAAGCUUCGCUAUACCAAAAUCAACGAAACCAAUGGAAAGCCCUUUAGCUUUAAAACCUCUCACUCCUCAUACAUCCUUUGUCAACAAAUCUCCAGCAAAAUCAACCAAUACAAGCUCGAGUAGCAGCAGCAAUAGCGACUUUAUUGCUCCCGCUACACCUUCACUGUUAAUGAGGCUUGGAGGUGGAGGAGCAGGCAACAACAACAUAACCUCUUCACCAUCCAGUGUACCUACCAUCUCGUCCUCAGCUGCUGUCGACAAUAUGCCUGUGCUUCCAGCUGCCAUGCUCGAAGACGCUCCUUCUUCCAGCAAAUCAAAGCCUGAAUCAUCUAAACGUCGCCGCAUUUCUCAACAAUCUGCAGUGUUUUCAUCUCCCGGUUUAUCACCAAAUGACAAUAAUAGCCUCAUCUCCCCUGCUGGUCCUCGUCCUCAACAAUCCCCUAGAGCACUGAAGCCCCUGAUCUCUCCUUCUUUACAUCCCAACGGCAAGAGACUUUCUACUAUCGAGGAAGAAACGGCUCGUGCCCUGCUUACAUCUAAAUCAAACUACGAAAAUCUCAAGGAAGGCAAGGCAAAGAGUCUAGGCAUCGAUUUCAAUACAACCAUCCAAUCUGGCAUCGAAAAUCGUCGUUCAGCACAUAAAGCAGCCGAGCAAAAACGCCGUGACACACUCAAGCAGAGUUUUGAUUCAUUGCGUACCGAGAUUAUCGAAGCUAUGGUGGAAGAAGAAGCGGAAGAUGUUGUAGAUGUAGAGGAAUUGCGUAACACAAAAGAAAAAGAUGUCAAACAAAUGAGCAAAGUCGUGCUACUGCAGCAUUCGUAUGAAUACAUUUUACGACUCAAGAACGAUAAUAAGCGCAAAGAUGAAAAACAGGCGCAAAUGCGUCAAGAACUCAUGGCGUUGCGCAAACAGUUGGGUUUGCCUGAAGUGACAGAAGAAGAGAGAGCUCAAGAAGAGAAAGAAAAACAGGAUGAAAAGGAUAGAAAAGAAGCUCGACUGCAACGUUUGGAAACGGCCGCUGCUGUAGACGAAGGUAGCAGUUGA